ACCCGGCAGGAGCGCGCGGCGGCGGACGCGGCCUCGGGGAGGCACUGACUCGGGCCCCUCGGCGCCUGCUCCGCGCCCCGGUCACCACACGCGCUUCGGGAUGGCGUGGGCCACGCUGCUGUGCGUGGGGCUGCUGUGCGUGGGGCUGCUGUGCCCGCUGUGCCAGGGCUACUUCGACGGCCCCCUGUACCCAGAGAUGUCCAACGGGAGCCUGCACCACUACUUCGUGCCGGACGGGGACUACGAGGAGAACGACGACCCCGAGAAGUGCCAGCUGCUGUUCCGCGUGAGCGAGCGCGGCCGCUGCGCCCAGGGCGCGGGGAGCCCGGCCGGGGACGCGCUGCGCCUGAGCCUGCGCGAGGAGUUCACGGUGCUGGGCCGCCAGGUGGAGGACUCGGGCCGCGUGCUGGAGGGGCUGGGCAAGAGCAUCUCCUACGACCUGGACGGCGAGGACAGCUACGGCGCCUACCUGCGCCGCGAGUCGCGCCAGAUCGGGGAUGCCUACUCCAGCUCGGAGCGGUCGCUCAGCGAGCUAGAGAGCAAGUUCCAGCAGGGCCGGGAGCAGGACGGCCGGCAGGACGCCAGGCUGGCCGCCGACUUCCUGGGCAUGCUGCUGCGCACGCGCGCCCUGCUGCGGGACACGCUGCGCAUCUCGGCGGGGCUGCGCGACAGGUCCGAGCUGCUGGCGCUCACCCUCCGCAGCCACGGCUCCCGGCUGGGGCGCCUGCGGAGCGGCUUCCCGAGCGCCUAGGCCGCGCGGACGGCGCGGGGCGCGGGGCUGCGGGACCUGGGCGUCCGCCGAAGGAAGGCCGGGAAGGCCGCGGGGUGGGCAGCGGGGCCAUGCGUUACGCGGUGCCGCCCGCCGCGCAGAUGCCGCCCGCGAGCUGCUGGCCUGGCCCGCCCUCCUCCGCUCUUAUUUAUUAAGCCUGGCCUGCAGGAGCCACCGCGUGCAGCGCGGGAGCCCCUCGGGCUGCGUGGCCCGCUGGGCACGAGAGGUGGGCUUGCGUGGCCCGCUCCGUGGAAAGGUUACUGAGCAGUAGACAGAUCGUAGACCCCCAGCCUCCGUGAUUUCCAUUGCUAAUGUAUUCUUUCUCAUGGGGGGGCGCUUUUUAUGCUUAUUGGGAUCGUAUAUUUCAAGGAGAGGAAUUCUAAUUCUAAUAACUCCUUAGCUAAGUCUUAUUAUUCAGACAAUAAAUAUGUUUUCAGAAAAUA